AUGAAGAGAGAGGGAGACAAUAUCGAAUAUGAGAGGUCUGCAUUUGGUCCAAAUGGGACGAUGAGAAUAAGCCCAGAAAGUACAUGUUCAAUGAACACCAACAUUGCCACAUCUUCCUCCAACAUCAACCCUAAUAACAUCGGUGCUAGUGCCGGUGCUUAUGGCACCUUGACUGGAAAUGACACCGGUGCUAAUAACAACAACAAUAACAAUAAGGAACAUGAUCGGUUCCUCCCUAUAGCCAAUGUAGGCCGGAUCAUGAAAAAGGUCAUUCCAGGAAAUGGCAAGAUCUCCAAGGACGCUAAGGAGACUGUCCAAGAAUGUGUGUCCGAGUUCAUUAGCUUCGUUACUGGCGAAGCGUCCGACAAAUGCCAAAGUGAAAAGAGGAAGACGAUCAACGGGGACGACAUUCUUUGGGCCAUUAUGACUCUUGGUUUUGAGGAUUAUGUCAAUCCACUCAAGCUUUAUCUUAACAAGUAUCGAGAAAUAGAAGGGGAGAAACUAAAUAUGCCAAAACAACAGCGUAUGGAACAACGCUUGCAGCAGCAUGAACAACAACAAAAGCCAAACGUCCCAUAUAAUACUAGUAGUGUAUAUUCCUCAACAAAUCUCAUUUGUCAGCCACCAUUUGGGUCUACUGAUCCACCAUUUCCUUUGCCUUUUUCUCAAAAUUCAAUUCAGAAUUCCCCACUCCCUCAACAAGAGCACAUUGACUCUGUGGGACAUUGGUAA